AUGUCGUCACAUCGGCCAAAUGCGUUCAACAGCCUCAGGAUGGGGGAGGUAAUACGUGAAAAGGUUCAGGAUGGUAUCACGGGAGAAACUAGAGAUCUACAGUACACGCAAUGCAAGAUUGUGGGGAACGGCUCAUUUGGUGUGGUCUUUCAAACGAAGCUCUCUCCUUCAGGAGAGGAUGCCGCCAUCAAGCGAGUGUUACAAGACAAGAGAUUCAAGAACCGUGAACUUCAAAUCAUGCGCAUCGUGCGACACCCGAACAUCGUACAGCUCAAGGCUUUCUACUACUCCAACGGCGAAAGGAAGGACGAAGUUUACCUCAACCUAGUCCAAGAAUUCGUCCCGGAAACCGUUUACAGAGCCUCACGCUUCUUCAACAAAUUGAAGACCACUAUGCCCAUAUUGGAAGUCAAGCUCUAUACGUACCAACUCUUCAGGGCUUUGGCCUACAUCCACUCUCAAGGCAUCUGCCAUCGCGAUAUCAAGCCGCAAAACCUUCUGCUCGACCCCAACAGCGGCAUCCUCAAACUGUGCGACUUCGGUAGCGCCAAGAUCCUCGUAGAGAACGAGCCCAAUGUUUCAUAUAUUUGCUCCCGUUACUACCGCGCACCGGAGCUGAUUUUCGGCGCCACAAAUUAUACGACAAAGAUUGACGUUUGGUCGACUGGAUGCGUCAUGGCUGAGUUGAUGCUUGGCCAGCCAUUGUUCCCCGGCGAGUCAGGAAUCGAUCAAUUGGUUGAAAUCAUCAAGGUCCUCGGCACGCCAACUCGAGAACAGAUCCGCACCAUGAACCCUAAUUACAUGGAGCACAAGUUUCCUCAAAUCAAACCUCACCCUUUCAACAAAGUGUUCCGCAAAGCUGAUGCCAAUGCCAUCGACCUGAUUGCAAGGCUCCUCGAGUACACGCCGACCGAGCGACAGUCAGCUAUCGACGCCAUGGUUCAUCCCUUUUUCGACGAGCUUCGUGACCCCACCACCAAGUUACCUGAUUCUCGGCACGGCUCUGGCCAACUUCGCGACAUGCCUGCGCUAUUCGACUUUACUCGACAUGAGCUCUCGAUUGCACCAAAUCUCAAUGCGCAACUCGUCCCCGCUCAUAUCAAACCCGUUUUGGCCUCUCAAGGGCUUGAUAUCGACAAUUUGACACCCAUGUCGAAGCAGGAGAUGUUGGCCAAAUUAGACUGA